AUGCAAUUCUCCACCCUCGCAACCCUCCUUCUGGCCGCCACGGGCACCAACGCUGCCAACGGCAUCAUUGGGUCCUGCGGUGAGUUUGCAAUCUCUGGCACCACAUUUUCUGCCAACUGCGGGUCUGCCAGUCAUCUGUUUACGAAGACUACCAGCGUCGACCUCAAAGAUUGCUUCUUUGUCCUUGGCGAUGGCGUCGCCAGAUGCGGGAGGGGAGGCGUUGGCGGGUGCACCUUCGGAAAAGACAUUCUUGACGGGGUCCCGGGGUCUUUGGGACCCAAGGUAAAAAUCACCUGCCCUGAUAGCAAAGGCAACCAGGUUACAACCACGGUUGAUCUCAAUGAAUGCAUUGGCAACAGGGAUACCCAGGUUAAUUGCGAUCCGUGA